AUGGAACAAUCUAGUGAAAACUCAAGAGCGAGUUGGAAAAAUAUGGACGUAGUAAAAACGUUUUUAGAAAGUUGUAUUCAAGAGAUAUCCUUAAACGGGAGACUUGGAAGUAGUUUGAAGGCAGAUUCAUGGAACAAGGUUAAACUAGUUUUGGAGACUACUCAUGGCUUUAGCGUCACACAAAAGCAGAUGAAGAAUCAUUAUGACUAUCUAAAAGAAAAGUAUCAAGCUUGGUUGUCAAUAACUAAAAAGACUGGCAAUAUUUAUGACCCAGUAACCAAUACCAUUCUAAUGUAUAAUAGUGAGUGGGAUGAAUACAUAAAGGCUCAUCCAAAAGCAAAGGCAUUGAAGACUUCACCUCUACCCUUCCCUGAUCUUUGUACUAAACUUUUUGAGGGUUCUACAACAACAGGAAUUCAUGGUUGGAGUCCAAGUUGUACAUAUCCUCGUCCUGUUGUCUCUUCUGUAUCUACUACUAUAGAUAUAGAUACACUUGAUAGCGUCGAAGAUCUAGUUGGUAACAAAAAUGAUGGAGCUCCUACUAAUUAUCCAUCUCAGUCUUCAGUUCCAAGUGAAAGGAAACCUUUGGGAAAGAAAAAGAAGUCUUCAUCGUCUCAAUUGGAAAUUGAUGAGAAGAUGAGUAAUGCAUUAGAUAUAUUGAUUAAAAAUAAUAACGGACCUGACAUUGGGGAAUGUAUGGAAAAAUUAGAUGCACUUGGAUGGGAAGAACCAUUAUACAGUGCAACUAUUAGCAUACUUUGUGAAGGUGACAGCUACAGGAAAGCGUGGAUGAAAAUUCCAGAGGACGACAAGUUAAAGAGUCAUAAUGAGCGUUUUGUGGUUAUCAAGAGAAGAUUUCAACAUUCUUCGCAAACGGUUCACAAAUAUUUUCACGAGGUUCUUGAAGCAAUGAUGAAAUUUGCCAAAGAGGAGAUAUCGUCGACAACAUCCGAUUCAAAUUUGCAUAUUCCUAGUUCUCAUAAAAAGCUACGAAAAGUUUUUAAGGGAGCAAUAGGUGCACUCGACGGGACAUUAGUACAUGCAGUUAUUCCAGCUAAUCAACAAAUUGUUUACAGAGGAAGAGGAAAGGGCAAAUGUUAUCAGAAUGUUUUAGCUAUAUGUGAUUGUAACAUGGUCUUCACUUAUGUUUAUGCUGGAUGGGAAGGGGUAGCACAUGAUGCACGUGUUCUAACAGAGAUCGCAUCUAAUCCAAAUAAUGGCUUUCCAUUUCCUCCUCCUAACAAAUAUUAUUUAUGUGAUGCGGCAUAUCCCAACACUCGAGGGUUUUUAGCGCCAUAUCGUAAUAUUCGAUAUUGGUUAGGAGAUUAUCAUCGUAGACGGGCCAUAAAUAAAGAGGAAAAGUUUAACCACGCUCAUGCCCAACUCAGAAAUGUUAUUGAACGUGCUUAUAGAGUUUUAAAAGCAAGGUUCCCAAUAUUGGACAAGAUGGCUCCAUAUUCUAUUGAUGUCCAAAGAGAUAUUGUUAUUGCAUGUUUUGCAGUUCAUAAUUUUAUCAGGAAAGAGCAUCUAAAUGAUGACUUGUUUAAUCAAUAUGAUUUACCUCAAGUAAUAUUUGAGGAAGAAGGAGAACUCGAACAAGAAUUGGAUGAAACAAGUGGACCUAGUUGGACAGCUGAAGAUUCGCAAUUUAUGAACAAUAUGCGUGAAGAACUUGCACUUUAG